AGCUGUCCUUGAGCCUCGACUCUGGGUGAGCCCUCUGGGUCUUAGAUUUGAGAUGCAAUUUUCAAACUUGAAGAUCACGGUGAGCAGAGAGAUCUCUGAGCUACUGCCAAUCCUAAUGUCCCUUGUAUUGAGCGUUGACUGUGUUGACAAUGAAAAGCCAGAAGAGCCUCAAGGAGGAAAGAGGUCAAUAGCCAAAUGUUUCAAGAAGUCAAGGAAGUCAUGAAAUGUUGGGGCAAGUCAGGCAGGUGCAGAACAACAUGUAAAGAAAGUGAAGUAUACUAUAUAUUAUGCAAAACUGAGGCUAAGUGCUGUGUGGAUCCCAAGUAUGUACCUGUAAAACCAAAAUUAACAGACACAAAUACAAGCCUGGAAUCAACUUCUGCAGUCUGACACCUCUCUUCCACCUCUCUUCCAACCUUGAGUCUCAACAUCAUGGGAUCCUGCAGUUCUAUUAAAUCAUUCUUGGCAA